CGGCAGGUUGGAGAAGGAGGAGCAGGUGAUCAGGGAUGAUUGGCAAGUCACAGGUUGCACGUUCAUUACUGACGGGACCACAGACACAUGUGGCCGAUGAUUAAUGAACUACAUCCUCGCAAGACGUUCAAAGCCAAUUUUCGUGAAGUGCGAGGAUGUGAGUGAGGGGGACAAGGAUGCAGUUGUCGUCGUUGCAGGGUGGAAGCGGUUCUUUAGGGAGUGGGGGGUGGAGAAGAUCACAACGAUCUGCGCAGACUCCUUCGCGGGGAACAAGAGUGCAGCUAGGAUGUUGAGGGAGGAUCCAGAGUUCAACCAGAUUUAUUGGAUCCCUUGCACAACCCAUUGCAUGGAUCUGCUCAUGCAUGGCAUAUGCAACUGUUACAAGGAAUGGGCGGCUGAGGUCAUCAACAGGGCGAACAAGGUGGUCAACUUUUUCAGGGUUCACAGGUGGCCACGUUCCCACCUGAGGACGCAAUUGCUGAAGUACACAGAGUUGAAGGCCACCUGUCUCCUUCGGCCAGCGUCGACAAGGUUUGGGACCCACUACGUGAUGUUGCACAGACUGCAGGUGUGCGAGAAGGUGCUUGUGCGUAUCGUGACCGGGCGCCCCUGGGAGGACAUGAUGUGGCGGGGGGACAUCAGGCUGAAAGCCUACGCAGUCGAGGAGUUCAUUCUUGACAAAGCCUUCUGGGCUGGUGUCAAGAAGUUGACUACGCUGAUGAAGGGGCCGUACGAUGUGCCAAGAGAGGUGGACAAGGAUGUUCACUACUUGUCACGCAUCUACGACAUGGCUCGUCGGUUGCAGAGCAUUGUUCGUCCAACCCCCCUCACUGUAGAAGAGCGAGAUGCUGUCCUUGCGGACGUGGGCAAGAGGACAGACAUGCUUCUCAGCCCCAUACAUGCUGUCGCACGGCUGUUGGAUCCUCAUUUGAGGGAUGUUGCUGUUUUCAGCAAUGUCGACCUCAUGGCGCAGUUUGACAGCGUUGUCGAGCGGUUGAUCGACAAGAAGGGUUCAAAGAUGUUUGACAACUGCAAGGACCAGCUGUACGACUUCCAGUUUGGGAGAGGGCUCUUCGGUGACCCUGCAGUGGUGAGGAGGGCAGCAAAGGACAAUCCUGUGUUGUGGUGGGAGGUGCACGGAGCUGGCCAUCCAGACAUCAAGGAGUUGGCAGUAAAGGUGUCUUCUAUCUGGACAACAUCCUCGCCAGCUGAGAGGAAUUGGAGCACUUGGGCUCUCGUGCAGACCAAGUCCAGGAACACGUUGCACCACCAGGGCACCGAGAAACUGGUGUACUCGCAUUGGAGCCUCAGGCUCAAGAACAAGGGGGAUGAUGGGCCCACAAUCGUAGGAGGGUGGUUGGGGUUGGAGAAGGACUGGGCUGACGAGGACUUGGAGGGUGACAUGGCGAAUGUCACAAAUGUUGUUGAUGACAGUGAGGUUGGUGUGGAGGGCACUAGUUCUGUUGCGGGCAGCACCAACAUUGUCCGUGAUCCUCCUACGAGGUCGGCAUCCGUGCAGAGGUUGGAGGACGUGGAGGAGGCUAUCGAGACGGACAAGGCUGAGGAUGAUGUGGAUGACGACCUGAGUGGCAAGGAUGACAUUCCAGGAGAGGAGUGGGUGGACGAGAGGUCAGAUUCUGAUAGAUCAUGGACGAGAAGGGAGGAGAUUCUUCCAUAUAUGGAGGGUACAGGCUUCAGCCAUCGAUUGAAAGACCAGCGCGUGCAGAGAAAGCAGCAGGAGCAUCAUGACGAGGAUCGGCAGGAGGAGGACCGGCAGGAGGAGGAGCACCCGCACCAGCAGCAGGAGGAGGACCGACAGACAAAGCACCCGCAGGAGGAACAUCAGCACAUCAGCAGCAGUAGGAGCACCGUGGAGAGGGUGAGCUAGAGGGCGAGCAAUGCCAGGCAGAAGGCGAGGCAAAGGGCGAGCAACGAUAGGCCGAGCCAGA